AUAUUCAAGUGCAGGUUCUGUGGAACUAAGUAUUGUGAAGCAUGCGGCAGAGGAGAUUUUCAUGGUGUAAUGAUAGAUAAAACAGUUUGUCAAGUUUGUUUUCAGGUACAUCAUAGAACUGAUCUUUGUAGCGUCAUGGAGAUCAUGUUUUUUUGACGCAUGUACUAGUAUAUUUCGGGCUCACUAAACAGAAACAGAAAGGACAAAUUCUCCUUUCCACCAUGCAAAACUUUAACCCUUUUAGCCCUAAGGGUCGGUAAUAUCAUUGCUUUGUAAAACCAAGUGGUAAGUCAUGAGAAUUACGGAAAAGGUCACACAAGAUGAAUCAGUGACUUGAUAUUUUAUCAACUUCUCCCAUCUACUUCUGUAGGAAAUGAAUAGGGGUAACAAAUGAGAAUUCAAAUUUUGAUCCUAAGGUUUAAGGGGUUAAAAAAUUGGCUUCGUCAAGAGAGGAUAAGGACACCCAAAUUUCUGAAAGCUGUGCCCUUUGUGAAACUUGAAAGGUAUUCCCCCCUGUCAGUUUACGGAAGAGAACAAAGAAAAGUGUUUGCUUUAAGCUUAAUUCACUAAAUGACAGAUCGUUUACAAAGCAGGUCCGUUUCAAUUCAUUAGAAGAGAAAUGUAGCAAUGCCUGAAUCACCUAUUAGUCUGCAAAUAGACCUUUUGAGUAGAAUUAGUUCUUAUUGUUUUCGUUUAAUCCUUUAAUUAUUAGCCCAAGAUCAUUCUUCGUAAGCUUUUAUGUAAAUUGGUCUGUUCCGAAGGAAACUGCUGUGCUCCAUCAAGAAGAUGAACCGGGGGACCUCCCUAUAAAAUUGACCGGUUUAGGGGUAACAGUUGCAGAGUUUGGUCUCACUUGUGCAUGGUUUUCAGGGGGCAAAGCCAAGAUUUUUCCAGUGAAAGUCUCGUUAAUAGUAGUGUCUCAAACAGACCUCCUCAAGAGUUCGUCAAAAGUCACUGCCAUGUUACAAGCCAAAAGAACGACUAAAAGGGAGGCUAUCUUUAAGGAUGCUAAGUUAACCGGGGUGUCGAGUAAAGGUGUGUCUUAAUACUCAAUGUCAUCAUUACGAAUUUCAGCUUAAAUGUCAAGGAGAGAGAAUUGGGAAAGACCCAGGAAAAUCAGCUCAGAACAAA